UGAAGUCAGUGGGCCAGGCAUUGCUUCGACUGCUCCUGCCUUCCACCCACACAUAUAGAUCUUACAAGCAGGGUCAGCCUUACUGCCAUUGUUUUACACACUUAUUCACACACUUGUAAUUCACUGAGUUUGACAGCAUGUUCACACAUAGACAGAAGAUCACACAUGCCUGAAUUCCCAGUCUUAUACAUACAAAGUCUGGAGUAUAGUUUUUUUAAUUGCAUGCACUUACUGAAGAAACCGCAUACCAAUGUGCAUAUUAGAUAUCUAAACUUAGACAAAAAAAAAUACACUUUGCUGCACUGUUCUGUACCUAAGCCUAUAAGACUGCAUAGUUAUUUAGAACCUCUCUGGACACAAACCCUGGAGCCGUGUAUUCCACGAUUUGUGUUUCAGAUGAUCUGGCACCCCAGCGCUAUUUAAAACGCUAAGGACGAAAGCAAACCAGGAGAGCAAGAACAACUCUGAAUUCUCAGCACCCAGCAUUUGCAAGCUCGCACAGUGUAAAGGCUAUGGGGAGCCUGGAACCAGGACUGAACACGACUGCCUUACAUCCAAGCAGAACUGGCUUUCAAGAAAGCUCCCUCACCCUGGAGAAACAGGACCACGAGCCCAAAGGCGGUGCUGGCUGGGAGCUGGUGGACAGGACAUCAAUCCGGGACCCGACCCACACCCCUGAGCGCAGCCCGCCUAGCGUCUACCUGUCCUGCUUUGACAUGCUCUUCACGGAGGACAGCGGCUGGACGCUGAAGGUCCCAGAAGGAGCACACGUCACCCCCAUGCGGCUUGAACAGCGCAAAGAGCCCGAGCAGUGCCCGCUCAUCGACAGCCAGGGCCUCUGCCUCAGCCCGGAGAUGGACUACCAGAUAGAGGAUCGCUCCCUGGAGCAGGUCCAGACGAUGGUGGUGGGAGAGGUUCUGAAAGACAUCGAGACGGCCUGCAAACUACUCAAUAUCCCACCAGAUCCGAUGGACUGGACCCCCGGCAAUGUGCAGAAGUGGGUUCUGUGGACAGAGCACCUGUACCGGCUGCCUCAGGUGGGAAAGACCUUCCAGGAGCUCAGCGGUAAGGACCUGUGUGCAAUGAUGGAGGAGGAGUUCAGACACAGAUCCCCGCUGUGGGGGGAUGUGCUGUACGCACAUCUUGACAUCUGGAAGUCAGCUGCUUGGAUGAAGGAAAGAAGCUCCCCGGAGGUCAGCAAGUUCAUUGGAAGUGACGAGGUGUGGUCGGCGACGGAGGCGGACUCUUCCUGUUCGGGCCAGCCAAUCCACUUGUGGCAGUUCCUGAAGGAGCUGCUGCUGAAGCCACACAAGUACGGACGCUGCAUCAGCUGGCUGAACAAGGAGAAAGGUAUCUUCAAGAUCGAAGACUCUGCUCAUGUGGCACGGCUGUGGGGCAUCAGAAAGAACCGGCCUGCCAUGAACUACGACAAGCUGAGCCGAUCCAUCCGGCAAUACUACAAGAAGGGUAUCAUCCGCAAGCCCGACGUCUCCCAGAGACUGGUCUACCAGUUCGUCCACCCAGUAUGAACUGGGAAAGGUGGAGACAUGGGAGGUACAGUCCUAGACCAGAAGAAACCACACAAACUAAGCCCCGAGACACUGGUGGGGGCUCGCGCACUGCUCUUUGAGACUGGUUAAACUGGUGUCCUGCUACGAAGUGACGGCUGGACUGACCAAGAAGCUCUGAAGUCGUUCAACAAAAUUAAAAAUAAAAAUUGAAAAACAGAAGUAAAACUUUAUAAAAGCUGGAAGAAUGGUGGAGGACAUUUUUAAUAUAACCUAAUAACGUUACUGUUAUUAUUAUUUUGGUUACUGUUUUUGUUAUUGUUGUGGUUGUUGUUAUUUUUAUUGCUCUGGAAAUGAAGUCUCGAGUCUCAUGUUAAAUGGAGACGCGCUUCUAUGAAAGAAGAGGAGAUGUGAAGGAAUGCAGAAUGAACUUGUCACUGCCCAUCCUAAACUACGUUGCUGUUAGCGUAUCCUGCCUGCUUCUGUGCUUAAUAUAUUGUUUUAUAUUUUAUUAAGAGAACUCAUAAAAGGUUUGGGGACUGAUAAGACACUGAUACAGUGGGGUUAAGGCACAGACCUAUACUGUACUAUGCAAGACUGCGUACAAAGCUUAGCCACAAUGCUCUUAAUCACCCUGAUACCACGGCUCACCGCACUUCCCUUGGAACAUUUCCUAAAUAAACCUGAGUCUGUCCCACUGCCAAUAUUGCUAACUGUGCCAACCUUUGAAGAGGUAGCUCUGCAAAAUCAGACCCCAAACUCACGAUCUUCAAACCAAGGCCUCCAGACAUGAAAUCCUAGCGCCCCCUAGCUUCAGUAAGCCAUGCUACACUGCAGCACAUAUAUCUGUGGUAGUUUCCAACCUGCUGCACUGUGAGAGGGAGCUGGGCUGUCUCUAUUGUGCGCAGCUAUAGAGGUCGGGUGUUGGCUUCAUCCCAAGUAUAACACCUGGAUUAAUUUCAUGCACUUUAUUCAGAAGCAAGCAAAUUUACAGAAUAGUUUUCUCACAGCAGCUACUUUUAAUCGGAGGUCAGUCAAAACAGUACUUUGAAAACAGUUUGUUUGAAAAAAUCAAUUGUUUAAAGCAAAAAAAAAAGUUUUUACUGGCUAGGGUUUUUUUAAACAAAAACCAUACAGCUUCAUGGACUUUUUCAUUUCAUAUUGGUAGUGGGGUUCUUGGUCAACCUUAACUGGGAUGUUGGGUAAAGCCUCGCUUAUCACACCUUUAAGUGCACUUAAAGGCCUUUUAAUUUGGCCGUACUCAUAAAACAUGGCAAUACCUACAAGCACCACUUAAUGGUAGUCUUUCAAAUAAACCAACCGAAACAUUUCAACACACUAGAGAAAUGCUCCAUUCAGUUAUCGUUUUCUACUUAAAAUUAGGAAUGUGUUCUUUGGAAUUAGUAAAAUACUGAUAUAUUGAGUAGAUAAGAUACAUUCAUUAAAACAUGUAUGAAAUAAUAUCCACAGUCCCCUUUCCUAGCAUGUAUUUUGACAGCCCUUGUGGCAUCCAUUUGCAAUCCAGUUUUAAUACGAAAAUGAUUCUGAAGGAAUUGGUUUUGAAUCAACACUUAUAACUUACCAAGCAUUCUUGUUUCAAAGGUAAAAUAGUUACAUUUAGGCCCUGUGUUAUUUUAGUGCCUUCUAGAAAUAUCCCAUGUUUCUUUUUGUUUUUGUUUUUAGUAUCUUUACAUACUGCCUUAUUGUGGUGCCUGCCUGUUUAGUUACCAUGGAAACACGACAAGGCCUCAUAUCCCACACACCAGCCUGUCUAUCUUAAAUGUCUCCUUUACUUGCUGUAAUGUAAUUUUCAUAGUUUUUGUGUAAAAAUUUUGGUUGAAAUGCUGCCCCUUUUUUUCACUUCUGCCAAAUAAUUAUGUUUUAUAUAUUCUGUUCUGUAUGUUUUCCUAACAUGGUGUUGUUGUUUAAAAAAAAAAAAAAUAGCAAAAAAAAAAUGAAGGAUCCUUUGUAGUUUUGGAAAAAAAAAAAAAAAAAAGUAUUUUGAAUUACAUUUUGCUGCCUAAAAAUACUUGUCCUGCAUCUUGUGUUUGACAUCAACAUUUCAAAUCCAGUGAUUUGGCCCUGUUAACACAGUUUUAACUGGAGAGAUAGCCAGCCUGCAAUCCAAACCCGGGCUGACUGACAGAGUCCCAGUUGAAACCAAGCUGAUCUUGACCUGCUGCUGAUGGAAACAAACCAGCCUGAAUUCAAACCGCUUUCAAGUCAGUGGCAGAUGGAAUUCUACCAAAGAGACUGUUUCUCAGUUGGUUUUGAUAAAUAAAUUCAUGAAACUUUUCAUUAACUGUUGUUGGAAUAUCCUUUAUCUAAGUCAAGU